CAGAGAAGAAUGACUCUUGAAAAUGACUCUUUUGUGACUGGAUUCAUUCUGAUGGGCUUAACAGACCGACCAGACCUCCAGCUCCCACUGUUCUUCCUGUUUCUAGGAAUGUACGUUUUCACUGUAUUAGGAAAUUUAGGCUUAAUAAUUCUGAUUGGGUUGAAUUCACAUCUUCACACUCCCAUGUACUUUCUUCUCUUUAACUUGUCUUUCAUUGACCUUCAUUAUACUGCUGUAUUUACACCCAAAAUGCUAAUAAAUUUCUUAUCACAGAAGAAUGUUAUCUCCUACAGAGGCUGUAUGACCCAGCUCUACUUUUACUGUUUAUUCAUUAUUUCUGAAAUCUAUGUGCUGACGUCAAUGGCUUAUGAUCGCUAUGUGGCCAUCUGUGAUCCCUUGUUGUAUAACACGGCCAUGUCCCCUAAAGUGUGUUGCAGCCUUAUGCUUGGCUCCUACCUGAUGGCGUUCUCUGGUGCCAUGGCCCACACAGGAUGCAUGCUAAGACUGACCUUCUGUGAUGCAAAUGCCAUCAACCACUAUUUCUGUGACAUCCUCCCUGUGAUGCAGCUCUCCUGCAGUAGCAGCUAUGUCAAUGAGCUUGUGGUUUUCACUGUGGCUGGCUUUAACAUCAUCGUGCCCUGCAUCACCAUCUUUUUGUCCUAUGUGUUCAUCCUCUCUGGUAUAUUUAAAAUACACUCCACGAAGGGCAGGUUGAAAGCUUUCGGCACCUGCGGUUCUCACAUAAUUACAGUUUCCCUGUUUUUCGGAUCAUGUGCAUUUAUGUAUCUGAAGCCAUCCUCUGCUGCGUCUAUGAAUCAGGGAAAAAUCUGCUCUGUCUUUUACACCAAUGUGGUUCCUAUGAUGAACCCUGUAAUCUAUAGCUUGAGGAACAAAGAUGUGAAAGUUGCUCUGAGAAAAUCUUUGGGCAAAAAAGAUAGCUUUGAUCAGAAACAAUCUCUGUCUGUGCAUGUUUUUACAACACAAAUUAAUUCUAAGUUUAUAUAA